CGACUGGACCCGAUUCCCUUCAUUCUCUGCCUGCAAUUCGACUGCUCACAGCUGUCUUGAUUCUUGUGGAAUCGUCUUCAACGCCGCACAAAUCUCCAAAAUGAAACUCAUGCUGGGACUGUUGGGGCUGGUGUGUCUCAUGGCUGUGGCCCUGGGAGCGGGCAACGAGGAAGAAGACCUCUUCGCUGCUGAAUCUGCCAAUCGAGGAUUCGGCUAUGGGGGCUAUGGAGGCUAUGGGGGCUACGGUGGCUAUGGAGGCUAUGGAGGCUACGGAGGAGGAUUCGGAGGCUUUGGCCAUCACCAUCGUCGUCCCCAUUAUGGUUGAGCAAUUUUGCUUAACCUCGUCUCUCAUCGCCUUUUCCGUCAUCCCUCGGCAAUGCAAAUUUCCGUCCUAGUCUUUCAUACAGCUCGUGCAAAAUAUAUAUUAGCCAAAGACUUAUGGCUGCAAAAACGAUAUUUUUAAAUUCUGAAUAAACUUCUGGAAACAUUUCAUA